CCGCUCAUGGCGGCCACCGUACCGGCCGGUCUCGCUCCUCACCUUCUCUUUCCUUCCUUGCUGACACCGUUAUAGUUUGCAACAUCCGUCAGCAUGUGCAGGUGCGACUGCGGCUGGUGGCCGAACAGGACACGUUGGCUCGCCGCAUAGCAUGGCUCUCCGGCCCGAGAAGCCCGGACACAGCCACCGCGCGCAGCCAGGCAAACAGCGAGGUUUUGGGGGGCGGCUUCUUGGCCAGGACGAGCGCUACGGUUGCCGUCAUUUCCCUCGGACCGGCCGGCCUGGACGCACGUACGUUUCGGAGCCUAAUUCGGACUCGUGUUUUGACCCGUCGUGGGCCUGUCAUCUCCCGAGACCAGGACGAGUCGGAGCCUAAUUCAGGGACGUUACAGUUAAGGACUCGCUAAAACGUGCGGGCCGGGGCGAGAAAGCAAUCCGAAUUCUUAUCGUCUGCAGCUCUAGCUAGUGCGCGCCGGCCUCCGUCUCUGCUAGCUCGUGAGUCAUGCCUCUCGUGGUCAUGGGCUCAUGGCUACUAAUAACACGUUUGGUCAGUAUACAAUACGGUACAAUGCAUGUAGUGUAGUAGGUUGGCAGUGUUAGGCUGGCGAUGGUGUAAAGGUACGGUGAAACGCCCCUCAUAUAGCUUGACCUGCUCGAUCGCUCGCUUUUCUCCACGCUACGGCUCAUGAUGCGCAUGGGAUGGGACUAUGGGAGAGCAAAAGAGUUUAUAAUCCGCUCUCCUCUGGUCUCCAUUUUAUAUAUGUCUUAGGUGGUGGUGGUGGAGGCAAGAGCUACGAGAGUUGGCCCAGCAGCGAGUGAUCACUUGAGGAGCUCAACAAGCUCGGAGACCUUCCGAAGACGAGAAGCUAGAUAUGGCUGCGCUGGCCCGCGGCGCGGCCAUGAAAGGCGGCGGCGACAAGAAUAAGAAGGUGGCGGCAGGUGGCAGGUUGCUGUCCGUCGUCGCCGUCGGCUGCUUCCUCCUCUUCGUCGUCGUCGUCUUCACGCUCUCCUCCCGACGCUACGCCACCCUCGUCCUCGACGCUCGUGAUCGCCGAGGUGACUUCCACCCGUCGCAGCUGCAGGGGGGCAGCCACGGCGGCGGCGGCGGCGAGGGUGACCUCAAGCAUCUGCUUGUUGCUCAGCGGAGCAACGACGACGACGACAAGGCGGUCACGGAAGCGGAGCUGGAGGAAUCAGGGAUCAGAGGAAAGAUCAGCAUCAACGUCGUCGGGGCCGGGGGGCAAGCGGAGAUGGAGGAGGCGGCGCCAGAGAGCAGCGCCGCCGCCGCCGCCGCCGCCGACGCGACAUCUAACUCCGACGACGACCGAGCAAGGCCAGGAGACAUCAUGACACGUGCAGCUGCAGCAGCCUCCGUGAAGCAGCAGCGGCAACCGCUGUGCGACCUUUCGGGCUCACGAGCUGACGUGUGUGACCUCACCGGCGACAUCCGCUUGAAUGCCACUGCCUCCGAAUUCAUCGUGGUGGACCCAGCGGCCGCGGACGACGGGCCAACAACGGCGUACGAGAUCAGGCCGUACGCACGGAAGGGCGACGCCACGAGCAUGGGCCGCGUCACCGCGGUCACCGUGCGCGUGCGGGCGACGGCCGACGCGGCGCCGCGCUGCACGGUGACGCACGCCGAGCCGGCGGUCGCGUUCUCCGUCGGCGGGUACACGGGCAACCUCUUCCACGACUUCACCGACGUGAUCGUGCCGCUGUACGGCACGGCGCAGCGCUACCGCGGCGACGUCCGCCUCGUGGUCACCGACGCGGGCUCGUCGUCGUCGUGGUGGCUGGCCAAGUACGACGCGGUGCUGCGCGGGCUGUCGCGCCACCCGCCGCUCCACCUGCACCUCGCCAAGGCCGCGGGCGAGGUGCACUGCUUCGGCCACGUCGUGCUCGGCCUGCGCGCGCGCCGGGAGCUCAUGGUCGAGCCGGACCCGGACCCGGACCGCGGCCGCCCGGACGGGGUCGGGAUGGCCGACUUCGCGCGGUUCCUCCGGCGCGCGCUCUCGCUGCCCCGGGACGCGCCCACACGCCCCGCCGCCGCCAGCAGCGACGACAGGAGGAAGCCCCGCCUGCUGGUCGUCUCCCGCCGCGGCACCCGGCGGCUGCUGAACGCGGACGCCGUCGCGCGCGUGGCGGAGGAGGUGGGCUUCGAGGCCGUCGUGAGCGAGCUGGAGGUGAGCCGCGACGCCGCGGGCGUGGGCCGGCUCAUCAACUCGUUCGACGCGCUGGUGGGCGUGCACGGCGCGGGCCUCACCAACAUGGUGUUCCUGCCGCCGGGGGCCACGGUGGUGCAGAUCGUGCCGUGGGGUGGCCUGCAGUGGAUCGCCCGGAUGGACUUCGGCGAUCCGGCGGAUGCCAUGGGGCUCAGGUACAUCCAGUACGAGAUCGCCGUGCACGAGAGCUCGCUCGCAGACAAGUACCCGAGAGAUCACGAGAUCUUCACCAACCCGACCGCGUUGCACAAGAAGGGCUUCAAGUUCUUGAGGCACACCUUCUUGAUCGGACAGGAUAUCACACUCGACGUCGAUCGCUUCAGGGUGGUGCUACUCCAGGCGCUCCGGAACCUCACCGAGUAAUAGCUAUCGCGGCUGAAGGACGCCACCGGCCAUGGCAGGACCUAGGGCUAAGUUGGGCUCGCUGGUCUAUUUUGUUUUUUUGGGCCGGGCUAAGCUAAAGAUGUUUCCGUUCUCUACUGUUUAUUCUCUUUCUUUUUUUCUUUCAUUUAUAUAUUGCAUUUCAUAUUGUACUAGAAAACUACGAUAAUACAUUUAUAUAGUCUUGUCUAUACCAAUAUAUAGGCGUAUUUGCUAGUAUACUUAAUAUUAUUAAAGUACAGCGUUGUGAUCC